GCCGUAACUUUUUUGGCGCCCGACUGUCGACGGAUUCGUUUUUUCGCCGACGGCACGCGUUUAGUCUGUGCCGCGAUUACUCCCGUAAACUCGUCUACCGAUCGUCCGCGUAUCCUCUCUCUCUCUCUCUCUCUCUCUCUCUCUCUCUGCGCCACUAAGCCUAAUAAUAUUAUUUUGUAAUAUUUAAAUAAUUCUACUCACGAACAUUCACACCACGACUCGUCUCCGUAUUUACAGACAGAUAGAUGGUUGGCGAAUUCGAUUCGUUUCGUCCGUUUGAAAAAUAUUAUAUGUUAUUCGAUCUCCGUGACAUGUAAAACCACCGCUUUUACGACGGAAUACGAUGCUACGACGGCUUAGCGGUUGAAGAGAAGACACACGUUGUCAAAGCUACUUGAAAUAAUUUUGUGGAGUCGUAAUGUAAGUACAUAAUAAUAUGAUGGUAUUCAAAUAAUUUAAUAUCUACGAGUUCACUCUACGCAUAUUGAUCUUAUUUGUAAAUGGACGUGUUCAAGGCGCAGUGUCGACAAUACAUUUGACAUGAACAACACGACGAGUGGAUCGUAUAUGGUCCAGCUCGACGACGCUGCAAACGAGACGGUAGAGGGUUAUUUGCUCCGGACCCGAGGGCCCAAGCACCUCUCGCUGAACAUCGUGUUGCCAAUCACCGUCAUCUACGUGUUCAUAUUCGUCACCGGAGUGAUUGGCAAUAUCGCCGUUUGCGUAGUGAUCGUUCGCAACAACUUCAUGCACACGGCCACCAACUACUACCUGUUCAGCCUAGCCGUAUCCGAUCUCACACUCUUACUCCUAGGACUGCCUAAUGAUCUCAGCGUGUAUUGGCAACAGUAUCCAUGGCCUUUGGGCGAAGUUCUCUGUAAAUUUCGAGCUUUAGUUUCAGAAAUGACUUCAUACACGUCGGUUUUGACCAUUGUGGCGUUUUCGAUGGAAAGGUACUUGGCCAUCUGUCAUCCCCUCCAUUCGUACGCCAUGUCCGGGUUGAAGAGAGCCGUCCGAAUCAUCGCAGUCGUUUGGGUGAUAUCUUUUUUUGCCGCACUGCCGUUCGCCAUGUUCACCACCGUCGACUACGUGGAUUUUCCACCGGGUAAUGGACCGAUUUUGGAGAGCGCGUUUUGCGCGAUGCUGGAUAAGAACGUGCCGACAGGAGUGCCUGUAUACGAGUUGAGCUCGCUGCUCUUCUUUCUCGUCCCGAUGAUGAUCAUCAUUGUGCUGUAUGUGCUCAUCGGGCUCCAGAUCAGACAGAGUUCGAGGCACUCGCUGGGAAAACAAAUGCAGGGCAACGUGCACGGGGAGACCAAACAAAUUCAAUCGAAAAAGUCAAUAGUCAGGAUGCUAGCGGCCGUCGUAAUCGCGUUCUUCCUGUGCUGGGCUCCGUUCCACGCGCAGCGGCUGCUCUACCUGUACGCCAAGGACUCGCCGUACUACACGCAGGCCAACGAGUUGCUGUACACGAUCGCCGGUUGCUUCUAUUACUUUUCGUCGACGGUCAACCCGAUCCUGUACAACCUGAUGUCGAUGAAGUACAGGAGAGCGUUCCGGGAGACGCUGUGCGGAUACUCGGGCGACCGGCGGAACCGGAUGUCCAGGGACUUGCAGUCGAGCUUCCGGGACACGACCAUGCCGCUGAACACGAUCAUCAGCACCACCGACUGCAGCCGCAAGUCGGUGGUUCACCGGUCCACCAGGAACCUGCAGGCCGAACCGCCGCAUCACCAUCACCAUCACCAUUACGCAGCCGCGCCGCCGUCCGACGAUUGCGGGGACGGCGUCGGUGGUUGUGGCCGUCCGUCCGCGUCCGCGGCCUCCGACGUGAUGGUGAUGAUCACGCCGGUCAACGGGAACGCGCAGUGCUACAAAACGUUGCUCAGCGUGACCGUGCAGGGCCCCGACAACAAGGCCGCCUCCGCCGCCGCCGCGCAACAGGGCAACUGCAACAGCAACAAGGUGCAACUGCAGCUGCAGGGCUGCGAAACGCUGCAGCCGGCCGAUAACCGGCGUUGCACCGAAGCGGAGACUUGCAUUUAACGCGGACGCACACGCGAAACCAGACGGAAUCUUAAUAGAAUAUUAUAAUAAUACUGUCGUUGUGCGUGUACAUAACAAUAGUGCGAGCUGUGCUUUUCGUUUUUCGUCGUCGAAAACGCGUGUUGUAUAUAGGUCAGCCGCUCGUUUUCCUCUUAAAAUAGUAUUAUUAUAUAUAGGUAUACACUGCUGCAGUGAUUAGCCGGCCGUGCUCACCCCAAUUAUUUUCCUUUAUCAACGCAUUUAUUGAAUGAUUUUCGGAACUCUUGAAUACUAAUGCCUACUCAUAAGAUCAUAUUUUGAAAUACUUUUGUAAUAUAAUACAUAUUACUGCAGUAUGCCAUUUAAGUAUAAGGAAUAUUAUGUUUUGUGGCGGUGAUACAAACUUUUGUUUUUAAAAUCACAACCGCCUUUUUACCGUAAACCGUUGAGCAGGUGAUAUUUCUUUAUAAACUUCUUAGAACUUGUCAUUUCUGAAUUGUUAAACGUUAUGUACUAAAACAAUAGUAGUAAUAUAGGUAAAAAGAUAUAAGGCUGCUUUUACGGUAUGAAAAUUUUAGUAAUUGUAUGUGAAAAGUGGUUCUACCUAUAGCCAGUCAAAAUAAAAAUUGUAUUUAGACCUGUCGAUGUGACAAGAUUGUGAGACUUUCGAUGGUUCGAUUUUAUUGCUGUAAAUAUAAUAACAUUAAUGAUAUAAUUUAAUAUUUUCUCUAGAAAACCGUCGGAGCAUUUUUUUUUCAAAGUUUAAAAUUUUGACAGUAUUAUAAUAAUAUUAUAUACGCGCAUUUCAGUUUUUAUAACAUUUAUGUAUUGAAAAAAUUCAUAUUUCUAAAGAACUCCUCUAGAAGAGAUGUUUGUAGAAAUGUUAGGAUUUGUACAGAAUUAAAAUUGCACCAGCCUUAUUAGUAUUCUACAAUGUUGUCACAGCCAAAGUAUGUUUCUACUCAAAAAAUAACCGAAUACUUUUUCUUAAUAAUAUGUCUGCGAGUGAGAACGCGUUGAGACACGCACUUGUUAAUUUACACUAUAGAACACAUUGACAUGGCCAGGAUGUUUCUGCACCUAAUUUGCCUAAUUCUCAUUCCUUAGAAAAUUACGGACUGGAACCUCUUAAUAUAAUAUUAGAAUAUUUUUAUAAUUCGUAAAAAUUUUCCAAGUAUUACUAUAAGUACUAGUCAAAAUAAUAUUACUUAUAUUUAAUAUAAACCCACUGCAGCCUGCUCACCUCCCUCACUAUACUCUUUUUCAAAUGAGAACGCACCGGGUCGCGCAUCGUUAUCAGAGGCGGAACCACAAGCCCCUCCCACAAAAUUAGUAAUUAAUUUCUGAUUAGUCGCCAAUGAUCGGCUACUUUCGACGCCGCCGGGCAUACAGAAUGUUAAAUUAUUAUUAUAAUUAUUAUUAUACAAGGUGGCACCACCUACGACAGCUGAAACUGUCGGGAGUGGGGAGGCCAUGCGCGCGUUUCGACCGGUUUUCGUCCGCCGCCCGGUGCGUUCUCAUUUGAAAAAGAGUAUAACUCUUCGAUUUUUUUUUUUGUGAGCUGAGAACUCAAAUGUUAAAGAUCUCAAAUGAAAAAUAAUACAAACAUUAUAAAUUAUUAACAUUUAUUAACAUUUUAAAUACAAUAUAAUGCACACGGGAGAGCGUAAUAAUAUACCCAUCGAAUACAAUGUUUUCAAUAAGGUAAUUUACUUUCAAAUUUGCAGUCAAUUCUGAAUCGCCUAGUACUUUUACAUCGUGCGAAUGCAACGUAUAAUUGAUCAUGCGUAAAUAUAGUAAGAAUAUAAAAUUAACUCUGAUAUUGGUUGCUACGGAAUUUAUUAUUCGACGAAACUAUGUUUCAAAACUUUUUUGAAUAAUAGAUGGAUUAUUGAGGAUUAUUUGCCUCAGUACAUAAAGUUUAAUACCUAAGAAACUUAUCGUCCGAAUUUCGAUCGUGCAUCAAUGUUU